CUACCAUAUAAAGAUUCCAUCCAUCCCCGCCCCCGCCUAGAAAUGCAGACCCAUCACGCAUCACGAGGAGAUAACCCCUGCUCUCCCGCCACGUGUCCCCAUUCCUCCACUAUAUAUUCCCCCACGGCCACUACCUUCCCUUUUCCAUCACACUCCCCCAACCAACAGCAAUCGUCCGAUCACACCCUUCUCCAUCACAGCCGUCCAUCAUGUCAGACCAAUCCAAACCCACGACCCAGAAGCUCCACGAAUCCGCCCCGGCAUCACGCCAGGCCCUCCGGUUUCUAGCCGCGGCCGCGAUAGGAGCCGGGCUCCUUUUCCUUUCCGGGUUAACCUUAACCGGGACGGUGAUGUCCCUGGUCAUCGCCACCCCGGUUCUGGUCUUGUUUAGCCCGGUGCUGAUCCCGGCUGCAAUCCUGACGCUGCUGACAGCGGCCGGGUUCUUGUUCUCCGGCGGGUGUUGCGUGGCGGCACUGAUGGCGUUGUCGUGGAUGUACAACUACUUGGCCGGGAAGCACCCGAUGGGGGCGGAUCAGGUGGAUUACGCGAGGAUGAGGAUCGGGGACAAGGCGAGGGAUAUGAGGGAGAGGGCCAGGGAGUAUGGGCAGUAUGUGCAGCACAAGGCUCACGAGGCUACACAAACUCACGGGUCUUGAACUGAUCAAUGGCUGUGGAGGUGGCGGCUAAUGCAUGCAUGGGUUCUGUUAGGGUGGCGCACUAGUUUGCACCUUUUUGUUGUCAAUCUCUAGAUCUCCUCUCAUUCUCGAGUAAUUAUUCAAUAAUCUUAGUCAACGUCACGUGGUGGACAUGCAUCAUGUGACGGUGUGAUAGGAGCGCUGAUUUAGUUUUCUUUCUUUCUAUGGUUGUGCAUGGAAUAAGUUAAGUUGAUGAGUUUAUGUAUUGUAGGAUUUUCUGAUUCAAAUAAUGGUUUCUUGGUGACUA